AGUUCGAUCAACGCAGAUAGGUUCAUAUAUUCUGCGGGAGUGUUUUGUUCUGCGGUCGCUUUGAACAAUUAUUUGAAGAAGAAAAAAAUUGAUUUUGAAUUGUAUGUUGGAAUAGAGAAGGCGUCAUGUUUACACGGGCAAUAGUCAGAAAUGUGCCAAGGAUUGGGCAACGAUUCUUCCAAUCGGCUUCUACAUCGAAAAUCGAACCAAAAUCCGUAUGCCUUGAACCAAUCACCCUGAAACCCAUCAAAAUUGAGAACAUUUCAAAACGCAGUGAUAAACUAUUGGAAUAUCAAUUCGCAGCACUGAACAUAAAUAAUGGCAAUUUGAUACCGCCAUCGAUUCGGCCACCAGCUCCAAAUCAACGCAUCGAAGAGCCGGGCAAAGAUGAACGCAAAAAUAUCGAUACACCCGUUUCGAUCAUUGUGAAUGAAAUUAUGGAGAAAAUCACUGAUAACAAUAAAGGUGACAUGGAUUUGCCACCAUUGGAAGGACAAAAUGAGAGUAUCGAAGCGGCCGUUAUGAUUGAAAUUCGUCGAUUGAAAAUGAAAAAGCACAAAUACAAGAAGCUUCAGAAGAAAAUGAAGUUUGAAUUUGCCAAACGAAAGCUGCGCCGCAGAAUGAAGAGAGAAAAAGAAUUUCAGGCCGAUUUACUCGCACAAAUCAAUGCAGCCGAUAAAUUCUCCGCUGAACAAUAUGUCGCUGAUAAAUUAUCGCAGUUGAAAAAUGUCCCACCACCAGAGCGAGAAAUUGUGAAAAUUUUCUAAACAGUCGACCAAAUGUGUAUAAAAAAAAAGGUUUUAAUAGUUUAAAUAAAACGUCAGCGAAUAUUGAAA